AUGUCCCAGGGCAGCCCCACUUCCCUCCUGCAUCUCUCCAUCAUCCACUGGAUAGCUGAUAACUUCUAUUUGUGUGAAGGAAGCACCAUACCCCGUUGGCUACUAUACGAAUUAUAUGUGGAAAGCUGCAGUCCGUAUUUCAAGUGUCAAGUAAAUUCAGCCACCUUUGGAAAGAUUAUUCGAUUAGUUUUCCCGGGGCUGGGGACAAGAAGGUUGGGCACAAGAGGGAGUACCAGGUACCAUUAUGAUGGAAUAGCUAUCAAGAAGGACUCUUCCUUUUAUGAGAGUUAUUGCGCUCUUCUGUCUGAAAAAAAUUGUCACAGCAAGAAUUUGCACUGUUCUCCAUUUGUCAUUUAUCCUAAGACUGAACAAGAGAGAUUUCAGUACCUUUGGCCUGAAUCCAGCAGAUUCUGUCUUUGGGAGCAGCAAGAGCUAGCGAAGAAAUACCCCUAUGAAACGGUUGUACUGCUUGCCAAUGAGUACUACAGCCAUUGUCAAGUCAUUUUACAUAUGGUGAGAACGAGGGAGCUUGACAAGGUGGAAGGCUGUAUCAUGUCAUUCUGGAAGUCUCUGCCACCUGGAAAGAUAGCACUGAUGUCCUUGCCAGAUGUAUGCCAACUGUUGGAAAGCUAUGACAGGCAGCUGUUCAAGGAAAUGGAGAACAUCCUACUUCACGAUUUUCUGGAGGAGGUGCCUCUGCAACACAUUAAGGCAAUCAGAUUGUUCAGUAAAAAUGUUGAACUUUGGAUGGUUAAUGCUUUGGAAUGCUUUCCCUUACAGCUCCAAACAUCCAAAUCUAAAGAAGUUACAGUGUUUAUAAAAAGACUCAGGAGAAAGACAGACCUUGCUAACAUGGUUAAGACAAUGAGAACAGUCUUGAACAGCCACAGCAAAGUCACUGUUUUGCGAUCAGACUUGCAUGCUAUCAUCGAACAGCGAUUUCUGGAUAUUCCUGGAAACCUCGUUCAAAAGGCGUUUAGGAGUCCGGAGGAGCCGCAGAAUGACAUAGAACUCAAAUGUUUGAAUGACUUAGUGUCUUUGCUGACACCUUCCACAGAUAUCCGGGUUCUCCUGAACUGUGUGUCUUCGAAUCUUCAUGCUUUUGUCAUUCAGCCAAGCAGGAAUAAAGAGGAGUUUAGAGAACUGGCAUCAGAUUUCCAUUUGAGAUGGAACUUCCUACUGAGAACAAUAAGCAAGGCUCUGACCCUCAACAACACAGACAGUUUUGGAUCCUGGCAUUUGCUUAACUUGCUACUCAUGGAUUUUGUGGCUCACAUUUUCCUGUCCUAUACAGAGGAGAAAGAAUAUGAAAGUUUCUGGGUUGCAAAGCAAAAUGAGUUGCCUGUUCUGUGGCAUUAUGAGCCCAGCUAUCUCUGGGGCUAUUUUGCAGAAGAGCAACAUCAAGUCAAUACUCUACAGCCAGCUUUGACAACUUCAAUGCCGAGCCAGAAUAACUUUGGAGAGAACCAUGUUUUCCAGAGUUCUGAGAUGUUUGGUGGACACAGCCACUGGCAGCAAGGUGAAAUAAACACUAACUUUAAAGAAAAUAACAAAAAAAAGGGAGGGGGGGAAGAUCAGUUGGGAGGGAUCUCAGGAAGUCUGUGA